AUGUUUAAUCCCUUUGGCAUUUCCACCUUUGCCCUCGCACUACUCCUGAUCAACGCCGUCGCCGCCAUCACCCCAGCACUCCUGUACCGCGGCGACACCCGCAGCCCCGAAACCAUCGAAAAGUCGAAUGGCUUCCUCAGCCGGGCCGUCACGCUGGGGCUGGCCGAGGACUACAGCAUAACGCCGGUGAUGCACGUAAAGCUGCCGCGCAAGGACCGCCGAUACCCGCACGACCCCUGGAUAUCGACGUCCAAGAGCUGGAAGUCGACGUACUUUUUCAUCAGCGUGAGGCAGGAUGGCAAGACGGCUUGGGUCUACCACAUCAGGACGCAGGGGUUGUGCUUUCGCGACGUCUUUGCGGAGCACAGGGCCGCGGGGGUGCCGUAUACCAUGGGUCACGAGCAGGAGUUUGUGACGGCGAGUUGGAUCCCCUGGGAUAACGUCGAGGGGUGGCAUAUUGUCGAGCCGGAUGGCAAGAGGACAUAUGUACCAAAGAACAAGAAACAUGUACCUUUUUUGUCUACUUCAAUAUCUGAGGAAAGCGGGCGGCAACGGCCGAAUCAGGUGUCUCUCUGA